AUGGCGUUCGAGAGGGUAUGGCUGGGCUGCGGCUUGAACGCUGCACUUGCUGGGCUCCAGGUGGUCUUCAGCUGCGCAGUGGCUGACAUGGAUGUGCUAUCCCGGGUCAUGUACUUGAAGGAUGGCAAAGCAGCAUGGCCCAAAGUGCUUGAUCUUGAGGCUUUCGCCAAGACUUCGAUGCAGAAGGUGGCUGCGCUCGGCAACUGGACUGAGAAGCUGGAUGCCUUGCCCGGCACCAUUGAUGCGUUGGCCAAGAUCGACAGCCUGAAGGUGAUUGUGCUCCAAUGUCUUGAACCGUUGCUUGACUUCAACCCCUCUGCAAUCAGCAAUUGGAGCGGAGCUUGGACUGAAGCAUCGAGCGGCUACAUCUUGUCGAUGGUCCGCAAACCUUCGUGCACUACGGAUGUUGCGAAGAUCACAUCCAAGCUUGUGGGUGCCUACAUGAAGAGAGGUUCUGCGCCACCAACCUUGUCCACAGCAGAUCCUUUCGCUGGUCUUGUCAAAGUCAACCUAUCGGAGCCAAAGUGGAAAGGUGUCCUGCCGCCAACUCUUGGAGACGGAGUGGUCCGCUUUGUCAAUACUGGCAAGAAGAGGCCACAUUGGUCAGCCGAAACGCCACGGCCAUCAAAGACUUCGAAGGUUUUGGUUGCAAGCCCAGAGUUCGAAGGUCCCCGGCUCUUGACCGGCAAUGACUUUUUGAAGCUCAUGGGCUACAAGAACAGCGUCAACAUCACCCUUUUGACCGAUUCCCAGCAGCAGGCGCUGCUAGGCAAGUCUUUGACGUUUGCCUGUGCCUGCUUGGUCAUGGAUUUGGCCCUGGAGCUUGAGCAACUCGUGUAA